UGCAGGGGCGCUCUGUGCUUUGAGCCAGUUUAGUGGGUCUUCUCAGGUAGAGCAGCACAGUUUGUUUCUCUACCUGGGUUCUGGUUACCGGGAGAAAAUUAGGAAACUGACGGGCGCCUGGCGGGCUCAGUCGGUGGAGCCUGAGACUCUUGGUCUCGGGCUUACUGUGAGGAUGAGGGGGAGCUCCCUCGCUGAACAGACUAUUUAAGAAGAGAACUACUUGUAUGCACGUGGAAUUUACUGCCUUUCUUCCAAAGAUGAACCCAACUAAUCCUUUUAGUGGGCAGCAGCCUGGGGUUUUCCCAGCAUCUACCAGUGGUCCCAUAGGAACAUUUCAGGCUAAGCCACCUUUUCGAUUUGGUCAGCCUUCUCCUUUUGGUCAAAAUAAUACAUUAUCUGGGAAAACCUCAGGAUUUUCACAGGUAGCCAGCUUUCCGACAUCUUCUGGAGUAAGUCCUUCUUCAGCACAAACAUCAGGAUUCUCCCAAAUCUCAAAUGUUGGACUCUUUUCUGGACUUGAACACACUCCAGCUUUUGUAGCUGCCUCUGGGUCUUCAAGUUCAUGUGUGCCUGCAAACCCAGGAUUUAGUUUUAAAUCACCCAAUUUUGGGGCUUUCCCAAGUACUUCUACGUUUGGACCAGAAACUGGGGAAAUAGCAGGCUCUGGUUUUGGGAAAACAGAGUUUAGCUUUAAGCCUCUGGAAAAUUCCGUGUUUAGACCAAUAUUUGGGGCUGAAUCUGAGCCAGAGAAAACUCAGAGCCCAAUUACUUCUGGAUUUUUCACAUUUUCUCACCCAAUUAGUAGUGGGCCUGGAGGACUGGCUCCAUUUUCUUUUCCUCAGGUGACAAGCAGUUCAGCUGCCAAUUCAAACUUUACCUUUUCAAAACCAGUCAAUAGUAAUAAUUCAUCAUCUGCCUUUACCUCUGCUUUGUCCAACCAAAAUGUAGAGGAAGAGAAGAGGGCCCCUAAGUCACUAUUUGGAAGUUCUAAUAAUAGCUUCACUAACUUCCCCAUACCUUCAGGGCCUCUGGGUGAACCAUUCCCAGUUAGCAAAACAGGUGUGAGACAAGGAUGUGAAGAACGUGUUUCCCAAAUGGAGCCACUUCCCAGCCUCAUGAAAGGACUGAAAAGGAAGGAGGACCAGGAUCGCUCCCCAAGGAGACAUGGCCAUGAUGCAGCAGAAGACUUGGAUGCUCUGUCGAGGGGAGAUCAUCCUCCAGAUAAACGACCUGUCCGCCUGAAUCGACCCCGGGGAGGCACCUUGUUUGGUCGAACGAUACAAGAUGUCUUCAAAAGCAAUAAAGAAGUAGGUCGUCUGGGCAAUAAGGAAUCUAAAAAGGAUAUUGGCUGUGCCGAAUCUGGGGAAAAUGACCACAUGGCCAUCCCAGGAGGGAGUCAGUCUGUCUUGGCACCUUCCCGGCUCCCCGGUGUGAAUAAAGAGGAAGAAACUGAAAGUAGAGAUAAAAAAGAAGGUGUCUGCAGCCUUGGCUAG